GACUUGUUCAUGCGCCAUUGAAUUAGCCGUUAAGUUGAGUUCCUUUCUACAGUAUUUACUCGCACUCCUCGUAUUAAUAACCGCCAUUUUAGUCGUCCUUGGUGACUUUUUCGCAGUGUCGAGGGUAGCUCUCGUGAGCUUAGGCUUUGAACGGUCGGAUCGAAGUUUUGGUUUUGCUCUUUCACUCCUUACUGAUAAGGAAUUCGUUUGCAAGAUUGUGGAGAAGGGAAGAGAUGUUGUGAUUUGGCCGUGUUGUUUACAGCAAUGGACGGCCUUUUCACUCUCUUUGUUGGCUUGACUUAGCGUUCUUGCGAGGUCAGUCUUAAGAGAGAACAGCUAGACAGAAAUUUUGCGUGGUAGAAUCAGGAAACGGUUAAAAACUUUAGGAUGUGACCUUCAUUUGGACGGAGCAAUGGAAUUCUUGAAGUACUGCGUUCAUCUUUGUGUGGCACCAAUGUAUUGGACUAUUUCUCUUUUCUGAAAGUUUCUUUCUUGACUUCUUCUAACGUUAGUUUAACGUUAUGGAGAGUCAGUUUGAUGAAUCUUCUAAGGAAGAACCUAUAAAGCCUCCGAAACAUGUACAAUUUAAGCUAAGUAAUGUUGUCACUGAGGAUGAAUCAAAAUUCAUUGAACCUAUAGCUUCUUUGGUCGAUGGCUCUCAAAAAUUAACAACCAAGGGGGAAAACCGAGAGAAAACAGUGGGACUUGAGGCCGAGGAGAAAGCAGUCGAAGUAAGUCCAGAUGGCCGGUUCCUCAAAUUUGACAUUGAAGUUGGCAGAGGCUCCUUCAAAACGGUCUACAAAGGCUUGGACACAGAAACCGGGGUCGCUGUGGCGUGGUGUGAACUUCAGGAUAAAUAUUCAAAAGCCGAGCGAGCGAGGUUCAAAGAAGAAGCCGAGAUGCUAAAGCAAUUACAACACCCAAAUAUUGUAAAAUUCCACGACUCUUGGGAGACCAGAAUCGGGAACAAAGAUAAGAAAAGGGUUAUUUUAGUGACGGAGCUAAUGACUUCAGGAACUCUGAAAACGUAUCUGAAACGCUUUAAGGGAGUAAAGGAGAAGAUUUUAAAGAGCUGGUGUCGGCAGAUUCUCAAAGGUUUACUCUUUUUACACACAAGGACACCACCAAUCAUUCAUCGUGAUCUUAAAUGUGACAACAUUUUCAUCAAUGGCACCACUGGUUUGGUGAAAAUUGGAGAUCUAGGGCUCGCUACUCUGAAGAAAUCUUCCUUUGCAAAGAGUGUAAUAGGAACUCCAGAGUUUAUGGCACCAGAAAUGUAUGAAGAACAUUAUGAUGAAUCUGUGGAUGUUUAUGCUUUUGGGAUGUGCAUGCUGGAGAUGACAACACUAGAAUAUCCGUAUAUGGAAUGCCAAAACCCAGCUCAAAUCUAUCGAAGAGUUGUCAGUGGUAUCAAGCCAGAGUGUUUGGAUAAAGUUGGUUCAAAGGAAAUCAGACAGAUCAUUGAGGGCUGCACCAAAGCCAAGAUUGAGGAAAGAUAUACAAUAAAAGAUAUGUUAAACCACCCAUUUUUUCAAGAAGACUCUGGAGUAAAGGUGAAUUUAGUGGAGGCAGAACCUGGCACUGACAGUGAUACCUCCAAAGCAGCUGACAUAGUUAAGCUGUUACUUCAGCUGGAGGAUCCAAAGAAACGCAAAGACAAACACAAACAGAAUGAAGGAAUUCAGUUUGAUUUUAAUCUGGGCACUGAUCAACCAGAGAAGGUCACACAAGAAUUGGUCCGACAGGGCUUUAUUUAUGAUGAAGACCAAAAGGCAGUCACAAAGUCCAUCAGGGACCGCAUAGCUCAAGUUAUGCUGAAUCGUCGCAAUGUCAAACGCGAAAGUUUAGGUGAAGACAAGAGAGAGAAAGAAAGGCAGGACGAUGAACACCCCAUGAAGACAGAAGGAGAUGAUAGUGACAAAGAACAGCAGUCACCUGAAACAGAAAUGGAAAAGGAGAAAGAAAAGGACCAGGAGGACCAUGAAGAGAAGGACUACAAGGAAGAACCAGAAUCAUCUGCUGAAGUUUCAGUAAGAAAAAGUAGUUUGGGAAGACGUGUCAUUGAUCCUUUAGUUGAAAGGUUGGAGGGAAUUGCAGAAUGUGGAAGUAGUCCUCAUGGAACAAUUGACGAGCACACAAUCACCACUGGCCAGGAUAUUUCAGAAAAGAAGGUAGCUGGUAAUGUAGAAGAAUUGAGUCCAGGUGUGGCUUCUGAGGUGGAGCCUGUUUCAACUGUUGCAACACCACCCAUGGAGGUAGAGCCUUUGCCUUCACCAGCUCUGCCCACUCCAACUGAAACUACGUUCAGUAGCGGUGUGAUUACUGAAGUGGCAUACAGUUCAUCUGGUUAUGGGUCAAAUACAUCAUCAAUAUCAUCAGUUCCUUCUGCCCCAACUUCUGUAGGCGAGGUUUCAUCCUCUGGAUCUGUGGGCUUUACCACUAAUGGAAGCCAGAGUGCUGCUAUUAUUAAUCUUUCUUUGUCAGCAGCACCUUUAGCAUCAGGCUUGGAGAAAAAAGAUAGCAAAACAGCUGUAAAGCAAGCAAAGAAAGAAAGAUUACCAAGGAUUCAACUGAAAAGGAUUGAAGGGUCUCCAGAGGGUCCUGUGGUUGAGUGCAGCUUUGACACAUAUAAAAACAGUAGGAUAACUUUCAAGUUUGGUAUUGAUGAUGAUGAGCCAGAUGAAGUUUCUGCUAAUAUGAUGGAAGCAGGUCAUUUACAAGAGUGCAACAAACAGCUGUUUGAAGACCAGCUUCGGCGUGUGAUAAUCGAGGCUAAAGAAAGGGUACAGAAAGCUAAGAGCCAACCGGGAACGGAAACUGCGAGUGAAAGGACAGUGCUGGAAACUCAAAUAUCAUCGGAAGGCAUCUCUGUUGGAGUUCCUUCACAGCAGUCAUUGGAAAGUCCUUUUCCAAAGGAAGUUCCCUUCUUUGUGGACGCUUCUGUAGCUGUUAAAAAUCCCGAUUCAGGUUCAAUUCAGCCUGAAAAUGAACCUUCUGUGGCUGAAAUUUCACAGCCAUCACAGGCAUCACAGCCAGAUGAAAAACAGUCGGCAGUCUAUGAGCAGAAACCUAAUUCUCUUGAACAACUUUCGGAAGGUCCUCAGAAACAACCUGCAACGCUGAUUACAAAGAUGGAAGAAAAAGCAAAACAGCCUGUGGUAUUGAAUCCUGUCCCUCAUAAGCAAGUACCACAAACUUCAGAAAUCAGCUCUUCCCCUUCUAGGGAAGAAAGUUUUCAGUCGGGUCAUCAGAUUGAUCAAGAUUUGGAGAAAGGAAAAGAACCACAUUUAGUGGUGGCUGAACCAGCGAACGAAGAACCACAGAGAAGUGAUAACGCACCCGCACAAAAUGGUGAAACUUUAAACGGUCAAUUUCCUGUGGAAGUUAUGCAGACGGCAGUGCCUUCAUCUGGAGUUCCCACGCGACGCUUUACUGUGAAAAAAGUUCAAGAUCCCGUGUUAAAAAAUAUGUCAUCACCUGAGGUGAUGACAAAAAAUGAACAUAAAUCACCGCCAGUCCUUAAACCUAACAGUGACGAGAGUGGGGUAUCGUCAGAUGCAUCUAACAAAGAAAUGUCUAGAACUUCAGAAUCAGGACUGAGUCAGGAGCCUUGUGAUCAGACAGAAGCUCAAGAGAAACUAUCAAAAAAAGACAGUGCAUCCCGUCUACAGCUAGAAACAGCUAGUACAGCUCCGUUGGUAGAUCAAAGACUUGAUAAAAAGUCAGACACUGAACUGCCUUCGCCAUCUUUACAUAACGAUAAUCAAAUGCAAAUUAGUUUUGAUAUUCAAGUUUCAAAGGGGGAAGAACAACUUCAAAUUAUACCAUCUGCAAAUUCUUCAAGGCCACAGACCCCAACAUAUGCUUUUCACCCGGUUGAUAAUUCUAAUUCCGAGGGGCGAUCUUUACCAUUACACCAGGUAAAAUUUGAAUCUCAGAUAUCUGGAGAGGACCUUAAUCCUGACAAGCACAAAAUAGAGUCUGUUGCUUCGUCGGACGAUGAGCUGUCGAUUAGUGCUACAAACGAAAAGGUAAGAGCCACGUCGUCAGCGAGUGAAUAUGUUCAGGGAAGAUUCACCAUUUCCGCGUCAUCCGAUAGGCCUGACACGCCACUCUUGGAGACUUUAGACAAUGCAAGGCUUUCGCUAGCACCUGUAGAUGUAACCCUUUCAGAUGUGACCACUGCUGCAGUUAUGGGAUCAGUUCCAUCUCUAACUCCCAGCUCAUCUAUGGAAAGCCUUAACUCAGUGGGCUCUCAGCCAGGUGCAAUGACUUCCCACACGUCCUCCAGUUCACCUCAGACAACUCCGCUGGAGGGACAGAGCUCAAAUAGUCCAUCUGCAGCUUCUAGUAAAGACCCAGUUAGAAAGAACAGUGGCCAAAGCGAUUUGCUCUUUGAUGGCGCUAGACAUUUACUGGCAAAGCAAGAGGGAGAUCAGCAGAGGAAACCAGUACUGAAAACGAAGUCGCUGCAUUCCCAAAGCGACUUUGAACAGCGACUACAUCGACUACAUAUCUCGUUAGACUUGACCAAUGAGGAAGAUGAAGAGUUAAACAAACUCCUUGCAAGGCAACGCAAAGACAAAGAAGAGCUGGAAAAAAAACACGAGAAAGAGUUAAUGCAAUUUAAAAAGAAAACUGAAAUGAAGAAACAACGACAACACCAGCAACGCACACAGCAGCAACAGCAACAAUUGAAAGACGCUUUUCAAGCUCAGAUGAAAAAAGAGAGGCAGCAGCAACAGCAACAACAGGGCGCAACACAUCAGCAACCUCCACUUCGCCACAAGAGUAGUACAGAGGAAGGACCAGAGUACAAUGAUCAUUCUAAGAGUAAUGGGUGCAGCGCUGAAAUGUCGGCUUCCGCGGCCUAUGCAAACGUUCCAAAAAAGACUUUCUCUGGUAUCGAUAAGGAAAUCGAACAAUUAGCGCAGUUCGAGAGCAAGACAAAGAAAAAACCUACGUCUUCUGCUGUUGCGGGCCAGGCAACGGGAGGAAAAGUGGAACCAAAAUUGAGUUUGAAUCAGAUCAAAGUGAACCAGCUUCAGCGAGAGGUACCAAUACAAACAGCUCCAACCCCAGGACCUUCAAGAACUGCAUCGCAGGUGGUUCCCCAGACAGCGGUCUCUCAACAACCUAUCGGAGCUUUCCCUAGCACAUUUUCGAACUUGCAGGCCCCCCCUCAGGGCUCUCAAGUUCCAGUUACAAAUUAUAGUGGCGCUGUUAUGAAUGGACCUUGGCCCAAUGGGCCGGAUAAUGUUCAAUGGGCUGCCAAUAUGGACGAACACCAGUGGCAUCCUGUUGGAGAGCCUCAGCCCCCGUGGCCAGUUCCUGUAAACGCUAGCUCGAACGCUAGUGGACAGUACGUUGUAAGAAUGCCACAGCCAUUUGCACCGGCUGCUAAUGUGGUGGGUCAACCAUAUACAGUGCAAUCUGCGCCACAUCAACAAGUGCCCCAUCGGUAGUGUAGCAAACAGAAAUCUAAUGAGUCAUAAGUGUAAAGUGGUACAAGUUGACGACAAUCAAACUUUGGCCUAGCAUAUGCAAUUAGAAUAAUGAUAUUGCUUUUUAGUAUACAUACCCAUUGGCUAAUGUUGAAUUUCAGUUCAGUCUCUAAACAAACCGUAAAGGCACUGAGAUCAUGCUUUUCUAUCGUUAGCAGAGUCUUGCAGAAGAUAUAAAUAACUGAGUAAAAGACGAGUCCACCCUACUUUGGGAGGCACCGAGAUGGCAGAAAUUCACCAUUCCUUGGCUAUGCAUAUGAUAAUUGGCUAUUUUCUUGUUCGUCUUAAAUUUAAAUGUACCUCUUCAAUUCAUUACAAGUAACAGAAGCUACUUUAAUUUUGUAUCGAAAAAAUGUUGUCUUGGUUUUGUAUGCUUCAGCUGUUAAGUGUCUUCAAAGAAAGCAAAUAUUCCAUUUAUUUAGGGAGAGCUUGAAACAGUUGAUAGCCUGUACACUGGUAAGCGAACUAAGAGUAAUCAAGGCUACCCUUCGUAAGGUCGUUGGCGCUUACCAGGAAUAUAAAAAUGAAUUGUAAUUUAUAUGUUACAAGAAACUUGUUUACUAAGUUUGGUCUAUUUUUGUUAGUGGCAAAGGUAUUGGAGAAAGGUUUUACCUAGCUUUAACCAGGUAUUACCAAUUAUUUUUACUUCACAUAGAAAAAAAAUGGAACGAAACAACAUUUAAAGCAGGAUAGAGUGUAAAACUCACAGAACUCGUUUUCUUCUGGUUAUUUGAUUUUAUUUUGAAGCGGGUGCUUACUGACUGAUGACGAUAUUCGUAGUAAUUUUGGUUUAUUUAUCUUUUAAAUGUUUGUUUCGAAGGUACAAGCCACAUUUAAAAUUUAAGAGCGACUUUUAACUUCACACGAAUUACGCACGACGCAAAGAGAGUGAGCUGUAAAAGUUGAUUGCGGCAAAAUAGUGUCUAAAUCUGCCCCAUUUGUUCUCGAGACCAACCAAAUUCUGAGUUGGCUUUGGCAAAUUUUGGUUCACUGAAGUGGUUUUCAGCAUAUCAUGAAGGUGUUAGAAUGUUAUUAAUGAAACUGGUGCUCAUCUAACGAAUUCCGAAUUACUUGUCUUGGAAAAGAAAGACCUGUGACACACAAAGGCCGGGCGGUGGUAUAUAAAUAUAUUUUUUUUUCGGCCAGUUGUGAAAGAUUUAAUUUGUUGUAUGGCCCAAGUUGAGCAAAAUAGACAAGAGAGACAAGCACUGUGGUGUAGUCGUAGUUUUCGUGGUUACUAAUUCAGAUAAUAUAGGUAAAUCUUGCACCGAGCGUAUCGUUGGGACUGAAGUAGGAAGAGUGUGUUAUGUUGUCAGUGAAGAUCUCAAUUGAGAUCGAGGUUACCAACCACGUCUUUGGAAGUAAUCUCACUCGAAGACGAAGUUACUUUCACCUAACUGUUUUUCCAUUUGCUACGAUUUCGAAGUCCUGCUGAGGAUGGUUUAGAGUUUCGUCUUUCAUUUUAAUAAAUUCCUUCAAACGUU